UUAGAUAGCUACCGUAUAACGAAUCCUAACAUUUACUUUCAAUUAUUUUUUUCCUUUAAAAUAACAAGAUAUUAAUAUUAUCCACAAAUUAUCUGUUGCAGUGAAAAACAACAGAAAAUUGAGGUAAAUUAUUGCUGCAGAUCCUUCUGCUGCAAUUCUGUGAAUUCGAAGCAAGUUCCAGGUGAAUUCACCUUUUGACUCGAGUGAAAUUCCUCCAUAAUCUAUCGCAAUUUGAGUGAAAUUAGCGCUGAAUCGGAGCUUAACAUGGGGAUCUAUGGCAGGGUUUAGGGCUAAUUUGAGCAAUUAGUGGGAAUUCGGACGGGAGAAUGAAUAAUUUUGAGGUCUGCCGCGCGAUUUGAAGAUAUUUCAGGACAAUAUCGGUGUAAAAGACAUGGCAACUCCAGUGGAACCUCCAAAUGGGGUAAGAUCUCAAGGAAAACAUUACUACUCCAUGUGGCAGACGCUUUUUGAGAUUGAUACAAAAUAUGUUCCAAUCAAGCCCAUUGGUCGAGGUGCCUAUGGCAUAGUGUGUUCUUCAGUUAACAGAGAAACUAAUGAAAAGGUUGCUAUCAAGAAGAUUCACAAUGCCUUUGAAAAUCGUGUCGAUGCACUAAGAACUUUGCGCGAGCUGAAGCUUCUCCGGCAUCUCAGACAUGAAAAUGUGAUAGCUCUUAAAGAUGUAAUGCUCCCUAUACAAAAGGGAAGUUUCAAAGACGUGUACUUGGUUUACGAGCUUAUGGACACAGAUUUGCAUCAGAUCGUCAAGUCCUCUCAAGCACUUACAAAUGACCAUUGCCAGUACUUCCUUUUCCAGUUACUAAGAGGUCUGAAGUAUCUUCACUCAGCAAAUAUUCUUCAUCGUGAUUUAAAGCCUGGAAACCUGCUCAUCAAUGCUAACUGCGAUCUUAAAAUAUGUGAUUUUGGGCUUGCUCGUACAAGCAGCAGUAAAGGUCAGUUCAUGACCGAGUAUGUGGUUACUCGCUGGUAUCGGGCCCCAGAGCUCCUUCUCUGCUGUGACAACUAUGGGACGUCUAUAGAUGUAUGGUCUGUAGGGUGUAUCUUUGCAGAACUUCUUGGUCGAAAGCCUAUAUUUCCCGGUACGGAGUGUCUUAACCAGCUAAAGUUGAUUAUCAACAUCCUUGGCAGCCAAAAAGAAGAUGAUCUCGAUUUCAUCGACAACCCAAAGGCGAAGAAAUACAUUAGAACUCUUCCAUACUCCCUUGGGACCCCCUUUACCCGUCUCUAUCCCCACGCCCAUCCUCUGGCGAUUGAUCUAUUACAGAAGAUGCUCGUCUUUGACCCUUCAAAGAGGAUAAGCGUCACUGAUGCGCUCCAACACCCGUACAUGUCCCCCCUGUACGACCCGAGAUGUGAUCCUCCAGCGCAGGUCCCAAUCAACCUCGACAUAGAUGAGGAUUUAGAGGAAGGGAUGAUUAGAGAGAUGAUGUGGAAGGAAAUACUGCACUACCAUCCAGAAGCUGCUCCUGCAACCACCGAGAUCGCCAUUUGAGCUUCGAGUGCUUGAGAAUAAGAACUCGGAGCGUCCUCGUAAGUUGUGUUCUCUUUCAAACAUAAGUUAUCAUUUCGGUUCCCUUUUUUUUUGUUUCCCUUUUUUAGGCUCUUAUUUCAAUAAUCAUGAGAAGCAAUGGCAUUAACAGUUUGAGCUGCUAAUGUUCUACUAUUAUCGGCAUUUGGAAUGCGGUUCACGGGCUUGACCUCUUUGAUGAGCAAUUGCCUUGUAAUCUGUACAUAGGUCUGGUGUUGUAUGCCAUCAACAUUUCCUGUACAUUACUUAUCUCUCUAUCAAAAAGAAAAGUUGUGCUA